UGGUAUAUGGAGAUUGCUGCAGGAGCCCCUGUGUACUAGCAGUGCUGCAGUGUGUGAUGAGCUGAGUGCAGUGCUGGGACGUUACCAGCCUCUUCAUUGACUCUCUGGCGUGUUUCUUCCUGUGUGGUGGCUGCAUCAAUAGAAUAUAGCAGGAAGAACAACACUUAGAGGAAGUGUCUGCCAUUAACACUUGAGAUAAAGCAAUGACUGAAUUUCUCUUCUGCUUUAGCUGUUGCAUUGGUGCCCAGCCACAACCAAGGCGAAGGCGGAUUGAUCGAAGUAUGAUUGGGGAACCUAUGAACUUUGUACACACAGCUCAUGUAGGCUCAGGAGACUCAAAUACUGGCUUUGCUCUGGGAGGAUCGUUUCAGGACCAGAUGAAAUCAAAAGGCGGUUACUCACCUGGUAUUUCUGAAGUGGCGCUGUAACUGACUUGGAAGGGGGAAAUGUUUUUUCCACAAAUGGACAUUUUGUUUCUUACUGGGGAAAAAAAGAAACCCCUGGCAAUAAACUGAAAAUCUGCGAUUCGGUCUCUUAUGUGAAAAGGGCAGAACCCGCUCUGAGGAAAACAAAAUGGCCUCCCAGUUAGAAAAAGCAAAUGACUUCUGAAAACUGUAAAAUGUCCUCAUUGAAUCAUUUAUUUUUAAUUGCUUAAGCACAUUUCAUUCUGCAUUUGUAAACCUGGCGUCUGGAACGCAUUGGCACUUGCAAUUAUUUCUUUGCCCAGCAAUGAUGCUUUAAUGUUUGCUCUUGGAAUCUACACUGGUACCCUGGGACUCCAUGUUCUAAUGUGCCAUGCAAUAAAUCACAAUGUUGGCAUGGUGUUUUAUUUUCACAAUAAGAUUAAAGUCACAAUGUUGAUAUUUAAAAAUGGUUUGCUUUUUCUUUUGACUACUUAAAUAUAAAUUUUAUAAGGUUCCUACCUCACAAAGAAAUGGGCAUUGAGUGUCAAUUUAUAUUCUCACACUUGUUUAUAAUAUAUUCUAUUUAUUAAAUACCAAAUAUCUAAUUGAGUAGUAAAUAAAAUGUUACAAUCUAAAGAUAGAAUAUUUGUCAAAUUGUUUAAAUGACUGUAUUUCUUAGAUUAUUUUUCACCCAUGUUACUGCAUUUAAAUAUUGUAUUUCAAAAUAAAAGCUUAGCAGGCUACUGCUUGCUAUACAUUGAUGGACGUUAAAAAUGCAUCUCUUUAUGAGUGAGUUAGUGGAAAUAUUGUUAAUUGGAUUCUUAUGUCUGUUAGUGUAUUUAUCAACUUUUGGGUUGUAAAUAUGACAUAUGUCAAUAAAGCAAGCUAGGUUUUGGAAUGGUUUGAUUAGUAAUUGUUUAACGAGCACAAACCCCAGCUAUGGAGACCGUUAAAAUGGUCAAAUAAUCUGGAUUUUGUCAGUUUUCCUAGUUUGCUAUGUUGGAAUGCAAAUGUUUUAAUGUCAGAUAUUUCAUGUUUGCUGUUGCCAUUCUCAAUGAACUUCUGGUGCUCUGUCAAUCUUUAAUAAAAUAUCUUUUAAAACGUUUGCCCUCAAAGGCUAACUUUGAACCUGA